AUGUUCUCACUGGACCGUAUCCUCGUUCUUCCCCUCCUCUUGAAUUCUGUUCAAUGCUUGUCUGUAGGGGAAAAUUCUGCUGCUCAAGGAGUGACAUAUGUGAAUAAGGGCAUUGUCGGGUUUGGGCUGAUACCAUCAAAUUUUACGGACUCUCUGGGAGACACACUAGGAGGAAUUGGUAGUGGAAUUGCUUUCAAACAAACUACCUGGCAAUCCUUGUCAAAUGGAUCGUAUACGGGCACUCUGGUUGUGCAUCCAGACCGGGGGUACAAUGUUAUUAGCACGGUGGAUUAUCGAUCUCGUCAGCAUGAAAUCGAUUUCAUUUUCACUCCAUACAAUGGCACUGAUGAUCUCGACUUUGAAUCCGCCCAGACGACCCUUCAACUAACUUAUGUCAGCACGAUUCUUCAAUUUGACCGUGGGGGAGGAAACACAUCUGGUUUGGAUGCGUUGGCUGUCAGAGCUGCCGAAAGCGGGUUUCCCACUGUCGCAGUCGCAGACCCAGAGAUGCCCAUUGCUAACGAAACUUAUCAACAUUUGACAAUUGAUGCGGAAGGAUUGAUUGCUGCUAGCGAUGGAAGCUACUGGGUCAGCGACGAGUAUGGUCCUUACGUCUACCACUUCUCUGCAAACGGCUCCUUGAUUCAGACCAUUCAGCCUCCAGAAGCCUUCUUGCCGCUCGAUUCCAAUGGAGACCUGAACUUUACAUCCGUGGUAAAUCCAACGACUGGCCGAGCGGGUAAUACAGGGUUCGAGGGUCUAACACUUGACGCUGAAAACGAUAUUCUCUACGCCAUGCUCCAGGCCGCUACAAUACAAGAUGGAGGGGACGACGAUGAUACGUCCUUGUAUACUCGGAUGGUGGCCUAUGACAUAGCCAACGCUACUGUCACGCCACCCACCAUGGUCGGAGAAUGGGUCGUGCCUCUGCCUGUCAGCACUUCCAAGUCAAAAACAAGAAAAUGCAGUGAAAUCCAUUUUGUUAGUGAAAAUGUGUUUUUCGCAUUAUCAAGAGAUGGGAACGGCAAUGGUGCUGGUACCUCUUCGAGCGACACGACAUCGAAGUACAAGCAAGCUGAUUUAUUUAGCAUAGCCAAUGCGACAAACAUUGCUGGCUCCAAGUUCGAUGAUCCUUCAAAUCCAGUCGCGCCAGGUGGUGUACUAGAUGAUUCCGUCACUCCUGCUACAUAUGUGUCCUUUGUCAACUACAUUGAUGACGAUCAACUUGCGAGAUUCGGGCUCCACAACGGAGGAGAUGAGGAUAGUACACUAGUCAAUGAAAAAUGGGAGUCUCUUGCUCUUGCACCGGUAAACGAUCCAGCCAACCCUGAUGACUAUUUCCUUUUUACUGCGUCGGACAAUGACUUUUUAACUGAAGACGGAAUAUCCAUUGGCGUUCCUUAUAACGCCGGUGUGAAUGUCGAUAACCAAUUUUUGGUUUUUCAGGUCACUCUCCCCAGCGUAUCUCCUGGAACUAUUCAGCAAGCGAUUGGUAUAUGA